AAUGCUUGCGCUGUGGGUAUAAAAUACUUUCCAAAAAUAAUUGGAAUUCAGUUGAAUUCUCUACGCGUUCACCAAACUACCAAAAGCAUUUACAAAAUGGUGUCUUUCGAAGAAGCCAGCGAACUAGCAAAGAACUUCAGCAAGAAGCCCACUGACGCUGAAUUCUUGGAAUUCUACGGUCUCUACAAACAGGCUACUGUUGGUGAUGUGAACAUUGAAAAGCCUGGCGCUUUGGACUUGAAGAGGAAAGCUAUGUGGGAUGCCUGGAACUCACAGAAGGGUCUGUCUCAAGAUGCCGCCAAGGCUGCCUAUGUUAAGGUUUAUGAGAAAUACGCUCCCAUUUAUGCUUAAAUGUAAAAGUUAUAAGCAAAAAUGUGUUCUGCCCAAGAUUAUUUAUUUAAAUCCUUAAAGUUAUUUUAAUUCUAUGAUUAACUAAUUUGUUUUAGUUUGUGAAUAAAUUGCAAGAAAUUAAUGUAAAUAUUGAAAAUGAAUUGUUGAUUGAUUGGUUGACGCAAAGUGCUGAAGUCUGUAGAUAA